GGUUGCAUGCUAGAUCCUUAAAAUGAGAUUAACGGGAAUUUUGUACGGGAAACGCGUACGUCAUGACAAACUUCAGUUUUUAACCAAUCGUUAUUGGCGUAAGGUGGGUUCUAAGUUGUCAGUUGACUGUUUACGUGUUCCUGAACAAAUUUUAAAUGAUUCAAACAGUCCUAUAAAAGACGCAGAAAACAUGUUCAGAUCAACCAGAUAUGAUGAUGAUCUGUUAAAAGAGAUUGAAAUUGGAAUCACUUCAGAAGAGGCGUAUAAAAUAGAACAGCAAAGAGCUGAAAAAUUACAGUCUUUUAAUCCUCUUCACGACGACCCUCGUUUCCAUCAAAACUCUGAAUCAUCUUUGAUCUUUUCUCAGAAACGGCGCUUUUCAAAGGGUGUGGAUCAAGCGAGUCUUCUCACAAACACUGCUGUUGCGUUCGGUGCUCCACCUACUCUGAACAGUCUUAUUCAAAAGAUAGGUCGGAUAAAUGAACAAGUAAAUUCAGAUAACUCGACUGCAGAUUGGAGAUCUUACUUACGUUUAGCUGUUGAACGCUCAGUUUUACACGCUCAUGUUUGGCAAACAGAUGAAACUAAAUUACCCAGGCGAUUUCGUCAUGAUUUACCUAUUUGGAAGCAUAAACCAGAGUUUGGCAUUCAUCCAGAACAAAGUACUCGUUACUUGUUUCAAAAUUUAUUUCGCAUAUUAGAAUUUCAGACACCUCAUUACAUUAAAUAUGCGGAAUUGUCUCCUGUUCAAAAUAAGCUGUCUAACAACUUACCCUGUCGAUGGACAACGCGAGAUCGAUUGCUGGAAACAUACUAUUACUGGGGUCCACAAAAACGUCGCAUCAGUUUUUCCGAAGAACAUGAUUUGGCGGUAUUUGGACAAACACCUGCGCCUGUGUUCGUAUCUGAUAUCGAUACUAUUCAGAAAGCUAGUGAAGCAGCUACAAUGCCUGUUAAAAGCCUUGGCCCUAUGUCGCCCUUAAUAGAUCUAACCAGCACUUUGUAUUACAUGGAUAACAGUACAAAUGGUUGGAUUGGAAAUCAGAAUCGUCGAUAUUCAUUUCCACAUAUUUUCACAGUUAACUUCAGCUUGCCGAAUGUAUGGUCAGAUUAUUUAGAACCAGAAGCAGAUCGUGUUGUUCCAGAGCACCGAUAUGCAGUAGCGUUGAUGAACUGUUUUGCAUCUGCUGUCGCUCAAGCUCGUUCAAUGGGGAUCAACUCAGGCGUUCUCGAUGUACCCAUCUCGGUUCAAUGUGUCUGUUCAGAUGGUGUAUAUUUUGAUUUCAUCACGUUUCAGUUGAACAACAUGGAUGUACCUGAUUAUCAAUCUGACCCCCAGGCUGUUAGUACUGUACGUAAAAACUUUGCAUGGAUUGAUGGAAACUAUCGUUUGUUCAAGAAGAUUAUACCGAAGCGAAGUAUGAUGCGCAACACAAAGUAUCGUGAUUUCGAUAUGAGCGUUUUUGAUCGUCUAACGAGUUACUAUCUAUGUGGAAUGCUUGACACUUCUUUCACAUUACCUGAAACAUUACUUCCCAAAUGGAAUGUAAAUAGACAAGAGGUAUUAUGAAUAAACACAACUAUAAUAGACUUAUAGACAAUAAUAGUCGUGAAUAAUCUAAUUUCACUUGUAUAAAAACACCUAUGUAAUUAUUCCUUUCACUUAUCCGUUUUGUCAUAAAUAUAUAUGUAUAUAUGCGAAAGCAAUUAUUUCGCCAGACGAUCAGUUUUAAUCUUUUCUUGUGGGCUGUUACUCUAAAAAAUGUGAGAUUGUAAUCAUCUAUUAGCUUUUUUCACUAUAGUUACGAAAGUCAAGUUUUUUUUUGUUGCCUUUCACUGCUAGUAAUUGUAAUUUAUUCUGACCAGAAUUGAUUGGGUUUCAACGUAGAACUUUGCAUAGAAGUUUAACCGUUGAAGUUAUCACAUACCACACAAAGGUAGUGAAAGAGAAAAUUCAAGUGAACUAUAAUGAGCCGAAAAAAAUCUUGAUGACGUUAUACUUUAUUUUAAAUAACUAUUUUUGAUUACAUCUAGGAUAGGGUUAUUUGAUAUAACACGCAGCAACCAGAUGAUGUUUCAAGCACAAGUUAUUACUUCUGAGUAUAUCACUGUAUUCACACGACUUGGUAACUUGCUGCAUACAUUCCUACUCCCUGUUGUUUUUGUUACAGUUUUCCAUAUAUCUGGUAUGGGCGUUGCGUCAUUUCGAUCGCACGAGUUUGAUGUCGACUUGAAAUGAACAGAGAUUUUACUAUCGUGCCCAAAUUUUCUAUUCUCACUUUAUUUUGAUUCCGCCUAAGAUAAUCACAUAAGCUAUAAAAGACACUCUUAAGUAGGUUUCUGUCUCUCUCUUCGAUUUUUUUUAACUAUUAUACCCGGACGAAAUGACUGUAAAUAACAAUUAUGUUUCAGAUGAUUGUAAAAGUACCAUUUGCUAUUCUGUAACUUAACAAAUAGAAAUCCUAUCCGAUUGAAAACGAAGAGGAAGAAUGUCUAAGGUACACAAAUAUAUGGUCUAAUAAUAGAAUAUUAUUGAUUGAAAUGAACAUUAUUAGAUUUUACUGGAUAGAUACUAUUGAAAUAGGUAGUUGUUUUACUGUUGUCAAAAGCAAUAAUAAAUUGUCAUGAACUGAAAUUAUAACAAAGCGA